UGGGAGAGUGACCAGAAAGAGAGUAGAGAUGGCACAGACCAUAGAGGUACCCACGGAUGCUGAGCUGCUGCAGGCACAGGCAGAUCUGUGGCGCCACAACCUCUACUACCUCUCCUCCAUGGGUCUACGCUGCGCCGUCGAGCUCGAGAUUCCGACUGCCAUUCACCGGCUCGGCGGGGCCGCCUCGCUGCUCGACCUGAUGUCCGCGCUGUCCCUUCCCUCGGUUAAGAUGCCAUUUCUCCGACGGGUCAUGCGCGUGCUCGUUACGUCAGGCGUCUUCGCCGCCGACAACGACUCCGGGUCUGAGGCGAUCUACUGCCUCACACCGUUGUCCCGCAUCCUGGUGCAUGGUGUCGUAGCGGAUGAGCACCACAGCCAGAAGUAUUUUGUACUCGGUGUGACCUCGCCGCAUUACACGGAGGCGGCGAUGGGGCUGGCUGCCUGGUUCAAGAAGGACCAUGAGCCACCGGUCCCGUCACCCUUUGAGGACAUCUGCGGGGUGCCGCUCUGUGAUGACAGAACGCCGCUCCUAGACAAGGAGUUGGACGAUGUUGUCACUCAAGGCUUGGCUGCCCACGACAACCUGGGGAUUGCCACUGUAAUGCGGGAGUGCCAUGACCUUUUCAAAGGGCUAGACUCAUUGACUGACUGCGGCGGUGGUGAUGGUACGACGGCGAGAGCCAUCAUCAAGGCUUACCCGCACAUCAAGUGCACUGUGCUAGACCUUCCGAAGGUGGUCGACAAGGCCCCAGCAGAUGGUGUCGUUACCUAUGUCGCAGGUGACUUGUUCCAUUCCGUCCCAUCAUCACAAGCUGUGAUGCUCAAGCUUGUGCUACACUUCUGGAGCGAUGAGGAUUGUGUGAAAAUCCUAGCUCAGUGCAAGAAGGCCAUUCCUUCGCGCGAGGAGGGAGGGAAGAUAAUAAUCAUUGAAAUUGUGGUUGGACCUUCCUUAGGGCCAAUAAUGUUUGAAGCCCAACUCCUUAUGGAUAUGCUCAUGAUGGUGAACUCAAAAGGGCGUCAACGGGAUGAAAAUGACUGGAGCAAAUUAUUCGUUGAAGCGGGGUUCACGGACUACAAAAUUGUGAAGAAACUAGGAGCUCGAUGUGUCAUUGAGGUCUAUCCAUAAGAUAUUGUGCUAUAGGCACAUGAAUAAAGGGAGUGCCUAUUACCAUAAAUGUAAGUUGCAUGGACUGUAAGUAGUUUAAGUGCCCAGCUUAAUCCACUGCUUUAUGGUCCAUGCAAUGUUGGCUUUGGGAAGUAAUGAAGCACUUGGUGUGCAUCUUCUGUCA